AUGGCAUUCGAGAAUUUCGCACCGACUUUGGCUCGUAUCUUCCACUCACUGCAGACGUGGCUAAUGCCAUUCAAGCUGCCUCUAAAUGAAGACGUCCACAUGCUGGGUCGGACUUAUCCCCCACCCGUCGUAGACGCCAAAUGCAGCACCGCUCCGCCGCCCGAGGACAGCCCGUUGUAUCGUGCUUAUGUGGACAUUAUUCUUUUCACUUACCGUUGUGCGUUCGAGCCCAUCGAGGGCUGUGUCGGGCCCACCAGUGUCAGCGAUAAAGGAUGGGGCUGUGCGAUUCGCGCUACUCAAAUGCUGUUGGCCCAAGCUGUUAAAAUGGCUGGAAAAGAUGCUGACGAUAGCGUCGUGUUAAGCCUCUUUCUAGACAGCCCCCAGGCGCCUCUGUCGUUGCAUCGUAUGGUCAAGAUGGGCCAGGAGGUCCUAGCUAAACGUCCUGGCACGUGGUUUGGCCCCACUAGUGGGGGCAUGGUGGCGUCGAGACUCGUUAAGGCGGCACAUGAGGAGGACGAGGCUGCUCGUAGGGCCGCCAGAGUGCCCUUCCAAUGUGUUGCCUUCGACGAUGGUGUUCUCUAUAAGGACCAAGUCGAGCCCCUGCUGCUGGAGGAGCAAGGCUCACUACCAGUGCUUGUUCUCCUCUGUGUUCGACUGCUCUACUAUCUCGACCCGCACUUAGCGACCCAACCGGCUUUGACAGAUGCCAAGCGCAUACAGGAGGGAACUUUUAUACAUCAGCUGAAGCCUCAUAGUCUUGGAUGGUCUCGUCUGAACUCGUCGAUGUGCUUUGGAUUCAUGUUGCGGAAUAGAGCUGAAUUAGACGACUUCACAACAUGGAUACGGCAGGGCAACGGUCUCGAUGAGGAGGAGCUCACGAGUGGCUCGGAGCGAUGGCUCUUCGAAGUACUAGACAAAACCCCAGCAUAUGCCAGGCCGGGAGGAGGAGGAGAUGCUGAGGACUUUUCGGAUCCUUUGGACUACUCUGAUGGGGAGGAUGAUGAUGAUGAUGAUGCUCUAAUGUGA